CUCAGCUUCAUUCAUUCUUGGGCAAUUUGACAAUGCAUUUUCAUGACUAGGAAUUAGGAUCGUCAAGCUUCUAUUAUUCAAAAAACUAGAUUAAAAAAAUCUUUGCUUCCAUUUUUGAGCCCUUGAUCUCUUUUCCGAAGGUGUUUUCAAAGUCAUUCAUUUUCAUAAGUCUUCUACCUGUAAACAGAACACUUCCUGAUCCAUUUCACAUUCCGAGAUAUUCUGUUUUAUUUUUAUCUCAUUUUCUUUAUUAUACGUUUUUGUCCCUACUAAAUUGUAUAUGAAUUAUUAAUUUCUGUUCGUCUUUCGUUUCAAUCAUUCUCCGUUUCUAAUACUCAGUUGUCUUUUUCAUGUCUUUUAAUUAUUUUACAGAAAGUUCUUCUGUUAAUACUAAUGAUUCUUUGUCCUUGAUGAACAGUAAUCCAGCAACCCCUCCAGAACCCUCUGACUCUUCAGUCCUUUCAGAAAGAUUUCAGGAUUCUUCCAUCGUAUCAGCUCAAAGAAGAAAUCGAAGUAGAUAUGAGCAAUAUCCCUUAAGGCAGUCGGCGCUCCCUGAUUCCUUAAAACAGUUCAACGUUAAUUCUGAAGAUGUCUCUUAUCGUUUCUACGAUAUGACUUCUUCACAAGAUGUUAGAGAAUUCGAUGUCGCUUUAGUCCCGCAAAGAAACUUAUUAUCGUCUAGUCCUUCUGCUCUAUCAGAAAGAUUAACUGUUAGUCAUCGCAAACGGAUAUGCAGAAGAAAUGAUGUUUCCUCAGCUCCAAAUUCGUAUGGUAUCCCUCCUUCUCCAAAAGUGGAUGCAUCGUUAACUCCUAUUAACCAAAGAAGAUCUGCCUUUUGUUCUUCUUCUCAACCUGAACCGUUAAAUUUGAUGUCCAUUGCUGAGAAGUAUCAAUCUUUGCCUGAAAACAUUCAAGCAUACACCUUUUUUCAAUUACUACGCUCUUGUGACAGACAGAACAUGCGGCCACUCAUGAAUAAAUGUGAGCUUUUAUUAAAGAAGGACUUACUGGCGCAUUUACCCGAGUUCAUUGUCCGCGAAAUAUUGGGAUACCUAGAUAUCCAAUCCUUUUUAACAGUACCUCUUGUACAUAAAAAAUGGAAAAACAUAUUUAUGUCAUUUACUCUGUAUUGGAAACUACAAUUUAAAGAGUCAGGAUUCUCCGUCGACAUACAAGAUUGGAAGUAUGCUUAUCCUUUGAAAACUCCGCCGCCAUUCUUACAUAAUGAUCAUAUCGCUGAUGAGUAUUAUUACGAGAUUUUCAAAAGACAUUACGUAAAAAAGCAACGUUGGAUUUCUCCUGCUAUACCGCCCUCUCAUCUUUCUUUUCCUGUACACGAUUCUGAUCGAAUGAUCACUUUUUUAAGAAUCCAUAACGACAAGAUCGUGAUAAGUUCCGAGUCUGGAAGUAUCCAAAUCCAUAGUGCCGUGACAGGAGCUUUAGAAACCCGUUUGGAUGGUCACAAAGAUGGCGUGUGGGCCGUGCAGAUAUAUGGAAACACACUCGUCUCCGGGUCCCUAGAUAAAACAAUUCGCGUAUGGAACAUGAAAACCGGAGAAUGUACACAUAUAUUUCGAGGUCAUACAUCUACAAUCCGCUGUCUCGAAAUAUUAACUCCGAAAAGGGUUUUUCGUGAUGGAAAGGUUGUUAUUGAACCUUCUCGCCCUUAUAUAGUUAGCGGAUCUCGAGAUCACACUCUUCGAGUAUGGAAAUUUCCUGAGGAAAAUGAUCCUCGUUAUCUACCCAGCGAGUCAACAUCUAUUGAGCAAUGGGAAAAAAAUCCUUACUAUGUGCACACACUUCUGGGUCACACAGAAUCAGUCCGGUGCAUUUCAGGGUAUGGGGAUAUAUUGGUCAGUGGAAGCUACGAUUAUUCUAUAAGAGUUUGGCGUAUUUCUACUGGUGAAUGCUUAUGCCAUUUACGCGGGCAUACCCUUAGGGUAUAUAGCGUUCUCUAUGAACCGGAGAAGAAUCUAUGUAUCAGCAGUAGCAUGGACAAAACUGUUAAAGUAUGGGAUUUACGAACACGGGCAUGUUUGUACACCUUGGAAGGACAUUCACUACCGGUUACUUUACUGAAUAUUGUACAGGAUAAACUUAUUUCUGGUUCUGCUGAUUCAACGAUUCGAAUAUGGGACCUCAAAAGUGGUAUUCAGCAAAUGGUAAUGUACGCGAACGGUGGAUAUAUACGAACUUUACAAGCUGAUGAACACAAGAUUGUUAGUAGCAAUGACGGAUCUUUAAAAUUAUGGGACAUAAAAACAGGAAAGCUACUUAAGUUUCUAUUAACGGAUGUUUCAGGCAUCUGGCAAGUCCAUUAUGAUGACAAUCGGUGCGUUGCAGCUGUGCAAAGAGAGAAUCAGGCAUAUUUAGAAGUUGUUAACUUUUUUGGUCGUGAUUCAUAAUGUAAAAUGUAAGAAUAAAUAUCGCAGAUUUUCCAUCAUACAAUUGGACGUCAAUAUAAG